CAAUUCUUCAUCUCCAUAAUCAAGACCACACUUCAUUUCAAUAUAAGCCACCCUUCAAAGUUGGGUAUCAGCGGCCUUUUAAUUGAAUUGUUUUGACGGCUUAAAAACACAUACAGUUAUUCCUUUGGAAGUGUACCUUCAUCCUUCGACUCAACUGUUCAAAAUGGUUUUUCAAAACAGCGUUUUGAAAAAAGACAUUUAUGCUGGUAUCGUCACCAGCCUAAUGUUUCAUAAUGAUUCGAUUUUGCUUGCAGGACAUGGUCCCUUUUUGAAAGUUUAUAAUGUUCAAACCGGUCAAUUAUUGACAACUGAAUGCAUUUUGCCUGCUAAUCGCAUUCAUCGCAUUGUUUUAGCUCCUCAUGUCACUUAUGAAAAUAAUGUGGAAAUUAGAAGACUAGCUGUAUUUGGAUCGAAAUAUCUCUCUCUUCUCGAGUUAAAGAUCACACAAAAUGAAGCAAGUAUCACUAUUGAUAAAUCAUUUGGACCCUUCAAAGAUUGGAUUAUGGAUGCACAAUGGAUUUACGAGGAAGAUGAAAAGACGUAUCCCACCAAAAUGACGUUUGUAUAUGGACACAACGAUAUGGAAAUGUAUGAUUUAAAGACCAGCGAGCCAGUGUUGUUGUAUGCAGUGCAAUGCCAAGUGAGAUGUAUUUUAUAUUCAGCAAGGAUCUAUGGCCAUACACCAUCCACACUGAUCGUAGCCUCAGGCACGGUAUUUAACGAAGUGCAUCUUUGGAAACCGCUCGUGAGGAAUGAAGAUGAGGAUUCUAUCGUUUAUAAGUAUUUGAAAGGACACGAAGGUGUAAUUUUUGGUAUGCGAUUUAACGAGGAUGCAAGUCAGAUCCUAAGUGUAUCGGAUGAUAGAACGAUCCGUGUUUGGCCGUUAAAGGAUGAUACAAAGGAUCCCGUCGUGCUGUUUGGACAUACAUCACGUAUUUGGGAUUGUCAAUUUGUGGAUGAAUACCUUGUAAGUAUCUCAGAGGAUUCGACAUGUAGAGUAUGGAAGAACACAUUGGUAGUAGAUCCUGAGGAAGAUGAUAAUGGUGACUGUAUUGCUUGUUGGGAAGGACAUGCUAGUAAAAACGUAUGGAGUUGUGCAAUCAAUCCCGAACAUCAAAUUGUCGCUACGGGUGGACAAGAUUCGGGAAUCCGGUUAUGGUCCUUGGGAUCCAUUAAAAACAACAAGAUUGAUUCUGAAGAUGAUUUGGUGAGCUUCCCGUUGCCUAAAGAGAGAGGGAAAGAUAAUAUUCGUAAUUUUGUAAUUGUGAAGAAUCGCUGGAUCGUAUCUGCUACUACUGAGGGAUAUAUUUUGAAAUGCGAUACAACAGUUCUGCCACAUCAAUGGAUCGAAGUGCAAUAUGAUGUAUCCUACAAGAAUUAUGCCAUAAUGAAGAAUUCAGAAUGUGGUCGGGUUGUUGUCGUGGGUAACAUUCGUGGUGAUCUUGUCUUUAUCAGCCCCACUGAGGCAUUUAAACCUUUCAAAAUUCCCGCCCACAAACAAAAAUUAUUCGAGAUUUUUAUUGAAUCAACCGCCGAUGAAAAUAUUUUAAAUAUUAUUUCCAAUGGUUAUAAUGAUAGUGUAUUAUUCCAUCGACUAGACCUUACAACAUCCACGCCCGUAGUCAGAACAUUAUUCAAUCUUGAAAUGCCGGCGGAAAGAACUACUGUUAUGUCUUUAGGUUUUGCCGAGGAAGAAAAUAUCCUGAUUUGUGGAUCCAGAGAAUCAGCACUUUUAAUUUAUCGUUUACCAUAUCACACAAAUGUACCCGAAAAUAUCAUCCAGUUAAUAAAACCUUCUUUGCAGUUACGCCGCUCUCAUGGAAAGCAAGCGAUUACCAGCGUUCUGAUUAAAAAAGCCCAGGACGAUAUUGAGAUUCCAGAAGCUGCCGCUGAAGAAGAUGUUGUGAUGGAUGACGAAGAAGAAGAUAACGAUGGUAUCAUCUUUUGGACGACUGGCCGUGAUGGAUGUUAUAUCCAGUAUCGACUCCGAAUUUCUCAGCAAGCUGCUGAAAACGUAGAAGAAACCCAGUUAGGAAUUGCUAGCCAAGGGGACACUGUGCUUUCUGGUCAUGACAUGGUGCUCGAAAAACUUUAUAGAAACCGAGUGACUAAGGGAACACUUGAAGGAUCCACUUUGAUGGACGGUCAACUCUUACUGUUGGGUUUCUUCCGUAAGAAUUUAUUUGUCUAUAAUGAACAAAAGAAUUUUGUCAUGCUUGCCAUCAAUUGUGGCGGUGGACAUAGACGUUGGGGAUACGCUUUGGAAGAUGCAAAGUUAAACAAGUCAUCGUUUGCUUUUAUUCGUAAGGAGGUGCUUUACGCUUAUUUCCGUGAUACAUCUAGCAUCACAGAGGGAUUCAAAGACAGCAUUUUGCAAGGGAAUUAUCAUGGACGUGAGGUGCGUGCGCUUCGUUUCCUUCCUUUAUUGCCCCCAGAUGCCGAUGGACAUCAACCAAUGCUCUAUGCUACAGGCGGCGAGGAUACCAUCCUCCGUAUCCAACAAUACAUGCCUGGAUCGGCUUGUGGUUAUCGCACGCUUGUUAGUAUUCGUAAGCACACCACGGUAAUCAAGAAUAUUGAUUAUAGCCAAGGUAUCUCAUCUUUGUUAUUUACAAGCGGUGGAUUAGAGGAAUUCAGGUGUUGGAAGAUUGAAGCCACGGCACCCAAAACAUCUGCAGGAUUGGUUAAUUUGAACUGUCUCGAAGUCGCUUCUUGUCAUACUUUAAGCAAAGACAUUGAAUCUAGAAUAAUGGAUACCAGUGUAUUUGCUAUUGAUGCGGAACGAGGUCUCCAUAUUAUUGGUGCUGUCUAUUCCGAUGCCAUGAUACGAUUCUGGUUAUUUAAUGAAGUCUCAAGGAAAUUCUCGCUUGUGGCUGAUGGUACAUGGCACGCCAAAUGUAUCCUUCAAAUCACGCAUUUAACAUUGAACGGUCAUAUCUAUUUCUUUACGUCAGCUACGGAUGGAAGAGUUGCCAUGUGGGAUAUUCAUGAUAAGUUAUAUGCAGCAGUUGAAAAGAACGAAGUUUUGGAGUUGGAGCCUACGAAGGCUGCUUUUCGAUUAACUGAACCUGUAUUUCAUUACAGUGCCCAUAUGUCUGGUGUUAAUGCUUUGGAGGCGGUGCCUUACAAGGAGGACGGAAGGAUUUUGGUAACGACAGGCGGUGAAGAUAAUGCAGUUUCUGCUGCGAUUUUAAAGAUUCAGGAACAUGGAAGUGUUAAACCUAUUGGCCCACCCUUUAUAAUUCCCAGUGCACAUGCUUCAUCGGUGACAGGUAUCAAGUACAUUGAUCAAGUUAUUUUCACAACAUCUACAGAUCAACGAUUAAAUAAGUGGCAAAUCCGUGAUCUUGAAGACCAGGGCGUGUCCUUGACCAUGAUAGAUGCUGCUUAUAUGGACGUACCUGAUCCAUCUGCAUUGGACGCUGUUGCAUUUAAUGGCCAAGUUCAUGUUGCAAUUACUGGUAUUGGUUUGCAAAGCAUCCGAUAUUCUCAAUAGAUCUACAAAAUAUAAAAAGUACACUCUUCCU